AUGAACAAUUUUCUUAAACUUGGUGAAGGAGCAAUUGGUAGAAUGGAUCUGUGGUUUUUAGAUAAUGUAACAAGCUUUACUGAUAACUUAGUUACAAAAGGGACGGAUGAUGUACAGAAACAAUACUCAUUUAGUUAUAAUCCUUUCAAAGUUCGAAUUUUGAAGGAAAAAGUUAACACGCCAACUACUACCGUAUAUCGUUGUGGACCCCUUAUUGAUUUAUGCAGGGGACCUCAUGUACGUCACACUGGAAAAAUUAAAGCGCUGCAAGUCACCAAGAAUUCGUCAACUUACUGGGAAGGAAAUGCCGAAGCAGAAACCUUGCAAAGAAUAUAUGGAAUAUCAUUUCCAGAUAAUAAACAGUUAAAAGAAUGGCAAAAAUUUCAAGAGGAAGCUGCAAAACGUGAUCAUAGGAAGCUUGGCAGAGAUCAAGAGUUGUUUUUCUUCCAUGAAUUAAGUCCUGGUAGUUGUUUCUUUCUUCCUAAAGGAGCUCAUAUAUAUAAUACGCUUGUUGAAUUUAUUAGAAGUGAAUAUCGGAAACGAGGUUUCCAAGAAGUGAUAAGCCCAAAUGUAUAUAAUAGUAAACUAUGGAAAGUCUCAGGACAUUGGCAGCAUUAUGCAGUAAGUAGAUUUUAAGUUUUUUAUUUAAAUUCUAACAGUUAUUGUACAUUAGGUUCAUGAAUCUUGGCCAGGCUGUACCACAGUAAGAUUCCUAGCAAGGAAGAGUUUAUGAGC